UCCAUUUUUUCCUUCUCCCUCCUUUCUCACAACGCCUUCCUCUUCGCCUUUUUCAGCAGACCUGAAAACAGUACUAUUUAGUAGACAGAGGACCCUUUUUUAUUGCCGCGUCCACAUGCCAUCGAGAGUCCCCUAACCAGCUCCCAAGGAUAGGAGAGAGGAGGAGGUCGUUUAGAAGGGGGAGAGGCCGUGGACAGCCUUCCUUAUCAGCUCAAACCACCUAUAUAAAGGAGGCAGCGUCGGCCUUCCUCACUCGUCCUCACGCCGCCACACCAUGAAGCUCGCCGUUAUCCUCGCCCUCGCCUCCGUGGCCAUGGCCGCCAAGCUGCCGGCCACCCAGCGCCCCGUGGCCAUCCUCCGCAGCGGCCAAGUCAACCCUGACGAGCUCGGCGCCCACAGCUCCGACUUCGAGGCCGAGAACGGCAUCGUGUUCCAGUUCUCGGGCUCUGAGGGCGUCAACGGCGGAGCCAACAUGAUCGGAACCUACAGGUACCCCCAGGAGGACGGCUCUCUGGCCGAAGUCAAGUUCGUGGCCGACGAGAACGGCUUCCAGCCCGAGUCGUCCCUCCUGCCCGUGGCCCCCGCCUUCCCCCACCCCAUCCCCCAGUUCGUCCUCGACCAGAUCGAGUUCGCCCGCCUCGAGGACGAGGCCAAGGCUCGGGAAGCCAUUCUCAUCCAAGCUUAAACAUUCAUUUAAUUAUUGAACAUUGUUAUAUAAUAAAUAUCUAUUAUCAUGAUUCAAU